GAAGCUGCCCUCUCGCUAGCUCUGAAUCUGCUUUGAAUUACACAGUGACCUGCAGUGUGUCCUCCAAACUGUCACCAUUUCGCUUAUCGGUAUUUAAGGUCAAGGACAGCUGAAAUAUGGUUUACGAAGAAAAAAUGAUCACGAACGGGGAACCUGAGGAUGAAGAAGAAGAAGAGGAGGAAGAAGAAAUGGUGGACCCCCUUGAGACAAUGCGACAGAAAUGUGCCGAGACAGAACACUGUGUGCACACUCAGGCACGCCUGGAGCAGUGCGAGACCCGAGUCAACUCUCGCUCCGCCACGGAGGAGGAUUGCACCGAGGAGCUUUUUGACUUUCUCCAUGCUAGGGACCACUGUGUGGCACACAAGCUUUUCCAUUCAGUGAAAUGAACCACCCCCUCUAUGGUUCUGAAUACAUCUAUAUGUAAAUCUGUUAUUUGAAUUGUAUGAACAUGUGAAGUGGCGGGUGUGAACAUCAAAAGGAGUCAAUAUUUAAUUAAAGUGGAUAACUUAAGACAUCCUGCAUUGCGUCUGUGUUCAACGAAUGGCUAUGAUUUGAAACAGUUGAAAUAAUUUGUGUCA